AUGAAUAAAGUUCUUAAGGAGUGUUUCCUGAAGUCAAUAACUGAUCGUCAUCCCCCAAUUCGUAUUGAUCCUGUUUUUACUUUCGUUGGUCGUAGUCCAGUGACACUGAUUCAGGAUCCAUGCUGUUCGCGAGUACAAGUUGGUCUGAAGGCCUACUUCAAGGAUGGAUUCGUUCUAGUAAAAUGUCUGGGUUUAAACCCAUCAGUUUUAAACGGAAUAGAAAUGUUGAAACAUGAAGUGUAUGAAGCAUACGAUGGAGAUAUUCUGGAAUUACUACCAGAUAACUAUAAAUAUGUAUUUGAUUUCAAAUUUGAGGAGGUUGUCAAAUGUCAAGUUGGUGAAAAACUUCCCGAAAACGAAACUUGUUCCAAAACAGAAAACCCUAUCAAUCAAGAUGAAAACAAGAACAGUAGAGAUACAAGUGAAUACGAACGGGAUAUAUCGGAUGAUGAGUUAAUCUCCAUGCAAAAUAAGAGAGCACGGCUAAGUAAGCAAAAAACAACUGUUGCCGAAAACUCUCUGUGGGAAGAGAUCGAUGGAAAACAAUUGUUCGUUUUUCAUAGCAAAGGACUAGUGUCUUCGGAAAACAUAGCUGCUUAUGACUUGGAUGGAACACUUAUUAAAACGAAAUCGGGUAAUGUUUUUCCUAGAAACAUUGACGAUUGGAAGUUUGCCUUUCCCGAAGUGGUUGAGAAACUAAAGUCUUUAUGGGAGAAUGGCUCUAAAAUUGUCAUAUUUACCGACCAAAAUGAAAUUUCGAAAGGAAAACUUGAAAUAGAUGCCUUUAAAAGGAAGAUUGAAGCCUUACAAAAAACAUUGAGCAUUCCGUUACAAGCAUUUAUCUCUACUGGAGAAGGGAAAUACCGCAAGCCAUUGACAGGAAUGUGGGAUUCGUUGUGCCAGCUAUACAAUGACGGUCUUCAAGUCGAUAAAGUGCGAAGCUUUUACGUUGGUGACGCUGCCGGUCGCCUAGAGCAGAACGAACCAGUCAAACGUAAGAAGGACCGUUCAUGUGCAGAUCGCUUUUUUGCAUCGAACGUCGGGAUACCAUUUUUCACCCCGGAGGUACACUUCCAGAAUUCCGAAGAUAUUGCAUGGGCUAGGCCGAUAUUCGAUCCACAGUCUGUAAGCGAAUUUUCAAACUUGUUGUCCCCAAGCGGAACAAAACUUGUCUUGCCUACGCAAGAAAUUAUUAUAAUGGUUGGAUUUCCCGGAUCUGGAAAAACUCACUUCAUUCAAGCGCACCUUGAACCAAAAGGUUAUACAUUGAUUGAUCGUGAUACCCUUGGAACAUGGCAGAAAUUUGUUUUACAUCUAGAAAAUACGUUGCAAAAUCAAAAAUCUGCUGUCAUUGAUAACACUAACCCAGAUGCACACAGCCGGAAACGUGUGAUAAAAAUAGCCAGAAAAAGAAGCGUAACGUGCCGGUGCUUUGUAAUGGGUGCUGGUUACAAGCACUCAAAGCAUAACAUUACUUUUCGGGAACUGAUAGACCGGUCACAAAAGUCGAUUGAUGAACUGGAGUUCAAUUUGUAUAAAUCAAGAUACCAGCAACCAUCAACCAAAGAGGGUUUUAGCGAAGUAGUUGAGGUAAAUUUCGUGCCAAAAUUCCAUUCUGAAGCUGAGGAAAAGUUAUACAAAUUGUAUCUGAUGGAGAGUUAUGUAUAAUAUAUGAUAAAAUGCAAAAUUUUGUGUUUGAAAUCAGAGUGGUUCGUA